AUGGCGCUUCACACAACCAUCCGUCUCAUGAACCAUCACAUGCUCCCCAAAAGAUCCACGAACCCCCAGCUGGACAGGCACAAACUGGAUCACGAGAUACGUAAUCGGGAGGAGGGGGCACAUACCCUGCAGCUUGCCCUUACGACAGCCCUCAACGCCCUCACGGACCCCACCCCAGCCAACAUCAACUCCACCCUUCUUGACACUUGCCAGAACCACUACCCAUUGGAGAGGAAACCCAACCCUCCAUCCAACCCCAUUGUGCAGCACUUAUGGCAGAAGCGAAGGGAGGCCGAGUACGUCACCGUACGGCCCCCAGGGGAGCCGGAAAGGGAAAACCUGGAAAACAACCCCUGGUGGUACUUCCAAUCCAGACUCUUUCGGGGAUGGAAAGCUACGGUUGCCCUGCGGAAGCAAGUCAAAAUUGCUGAGAAACAAUGCAAGGAAAAGAAGCGCGAAGACAUCCUCCAACUACUUCAAAAGGCUGAGCAGGCAGCUGAUAACGGGGACCAACGAACCGUGUAUCAGGUUGUUCGGAGAUUAGCACCCUGGCAACCUAGACAACGGGUCAUGAUUAAGGACCCAAGCGGCCGACUCCUCACUCUCCAACAGGAGCACGAAGCCCUGGUGAGCUAUAGCGAAGAUCUUUUCGCUCCGGACACAGAGCAGCCGGCUAGGGAGGAGCAAGGUCUUAACUUGGUUUUCACGGUUGAGGAAAUUGAAUCGCAGCUGAAGUCCAUCAAGAUUGGGAAAGCCGUCCCUCCAGGAGUAGCUCCUGCUUCUGCAUGGCGAUUAGCGGCCCCACAGGUUGCGAGGCUGCUGAAGAUGGCAUUUGACCAGCAUUCUCACCAACCAGGGAUCACACUCCCUCUUCAGUGGACCGACGCGUGGAUAGUCUGGCUCCCAAAGCCGGGCAAAGACCCAUGCGAGCCCUCAUCGCUCAGGCCAAUAGGCCUCAUGUCUCCUGAUGCCAAAGCCCUUGCAGGGCUUCUCAAAAUCAGACUCUAUGAGCUGAUUCGGCCCCAGCUGCGCAGGGUGCCGCAGUUUGCCUAUCAGCCGGGGAGGGAUUUGUACGAUGCCUUGGCUAGAGUGCAGGUGUGGAUUGACAACUUCAAAAGGUGUUACGGACGAGGAAACAGCAGCAAAUUCGCCCAAAGGGACAGGGAGGAAAAUCCGGACAACACAAAACUCUGCGUCGGGGGAGCCAUCCUCAGCCUUGACCUCAAACAGGCCUUUGACAGAGUAAACCGUCAAGCACUAGCCCAGUCGCUAAAAGACCUUGGUGCGGGAGAAAGCAUGACGGCCGAGAUUAUCUCCCUCCUAGACACAUCACGGUAUCACAUUAUCAGUGAUCAGGAACAAAGCACAGUGGGUACAACGCGAGGCAUCCGCCAAGGAUGUAAGAUCGCCCCCAUGCUUUGGGUGGCAAUAUCGACCCUUUUGCUGGAGCGGCUGGGGGAUGCCCUCUCAGGCCCCCACAGACAAGCAACCACUUUUGCCGACGAUACCUUAGUGCAAUGGCUCAUUGAAAACUCCACGGACAUUGCCCAACGUAGCAGUUUCAUCAACAAACUUCUGGGGGUCAUGCAGGACAUGGGGCUUUUGGUUAACCUUACCAAAACAGUCCUGCUCUUGAAAGUUUGCGGACCUGGGGCCAGACGCGCGCUCAAGGACUAUGUAGUGUAUAAGGACGGGAAAAAAUGGUGGCGGGCGCGACACCCUGAUGGGAGCGAGGCGCUAAUCCCCAUUGCCUGCUACACUACAUACCUAGGGACGCACCUUUCCCUCCAAACGGAAGCGCACAAAGUGGUAGGCUACCGUAUUGCUGAAGCUAACAAGAGAACUGGCAAAAUCAAAAAGGCGACCAGGUCCAGGAAAGUCUUCGGCUUAGCGCAUAGAGUACGCAUCUGGCAGGCCUGUGCUGCAUCGAGUGCUACAUUUGGCCUCAUUGCUUUCGCGCCCUCUGCCAAGGCGGUGGCACUCCUCAGGGGUUGGUUCUAUCGUCAACUAAGAGCCGUUGCGGACUCACCUGCCCACAUCUCGCAUGAGACUAACAAGCAACUUCGGCAAAGAUUAGGUGUUCAGGAUCCUAUAGAUGCCACUGUGCAACGGAUUCGGCACAAACUUGACAAGCUUCGGGUUGCAGAAGCGAGCAUCAUCAACCAGCCACAAACUCUCCAGUAUUGGGAAAGUAUGCUACAGCAAUACCUCAUCUUCCACACAGAUAACAUCGAUGCGGAGCCCGACUCCAGGCUGAUCCCGGUGCCCGCGCAACAAUCGCAGCCGGUGGCCUGCCCAGUCUGCGGAGUGUACUUCCCAUCAAACAAAACAAUGAGACAGCACAGGGGAAGGGUCCACAAGGUGUAUGUGAGCUCGCACCGGCAUGAUGAUGACAUGUAUCAACAACAAGAUCACUCUGCUGGUGGCAUGCCACAGUGCAUUCAUUGUGGUCUUAAGACGGGUUCAUGGGACGCGCUGAGGAAUCACAUCCUCAACAACGUUUGUGGCUGGCAGAUGCCACCCGGCCCCACUCGGGAGGCCGAACAGCAGGACAUCGCUACCCCCCCUAGGGGUCACUCAGACAGGGAGCCACGCAUACUUGAAGACACCCAUCCCUCGAGCACCAUCGCUCGGCAACAACCGGUACAGCCUGCCCAGGAGGAGCCGACGAUCCCGUUGCUGCGUAGACCUGAAGUGGCGAAGCAACUACUGCAGUCGGACUCUAAGCUGCAGAUCGUCAGAGAUCACGCUAGGAGUCUCAUUCAGCACUGUGGCUUCUGUGGACAGUGGAUUGCUAAGGGAGGCUCGGUUAAGGAGCACAUCAAGAGAAUGCACUCACACAUAUGGCAUGCAAGUAUUGGCAACCUGGACACUGAGUGUGCGCUGUAUAAAUCUCACCUCACCCGUGACAGUGUCUGCGACCUUUGUGAGGUCAUGGUGUACCAACCCGACAGGCACACUCGGAGCUGCACGGUUAUUUUCCAAACAGCCUUAGCCACAGCAUGGCAUAAGGUUGGGGCGCCGGACACGGCCCCCGUCGCCAGGGAUGUGAGAACUUGCAUCACUGAUGAGUUCCUUGCCAGGCAGCUCAACCCCGACGUGCACAGGCAGGGCAAAAUGGAGGCAGGAGACAGCGAGGUCAUUGACAUGCUGACACGGCACUGUGGACUUUGCCUUCAGCGAUUGACGAAUCAACAGGACUGGAGGCGACACUGUGCCAACCAGCACAAGGAGGCCUGGAAGCGAGCUGAGGGAUUUGCAGAGUUGGUACACGGUUUGCCGCUAGCUAGACCAUGCCGGCAUUGCGGAGUGACCUACCACAAAACCCCGAAGGUUCACGCUCAAAAGUGCCUGCCACUCUUGCAAAUCGCAUUUCUGUCGCGCCAUGGACGACCAAGCACUGCAGGAAGUGGCGAACAUGUGGGGGCAGCACAGCCCGAUGGAACUCAUAAUGAGGGACAGGCCGACCGAGGAGGAGAACGGCGAGGGGCGGAAAUUCCGUCGCAGGGAGGGCAAAGGCCCAGGCAAAGCAAAAAGGGAGCCGAUCCCGGCCCCAAACCAGCAGCUGGCAAAGCAAGUGCAAGUUCUAACCAAGUAUGUCAGCCAGCACGCCAUGGCGCUGCAACUGCUGGAGGCCGACAGAAGUUGGGUUCUCUGGAUGGACUCUGGAGCGAUGGGCAUCAUACCUCAGCUGGUCAAGACCACGGCCACCUGGAAGGAGAGCCGAGAGCAGAACAAGUGCACCUGCAGCCUUCGCCAGGCUCUCCUGGGAUCGCUCCUGCUGGAGCUGCAAGCUCGGCUUGCGAAGAUGGAGGGCGACAAGGCGGCACAGGCGCCACUCAUUCAGAGGAAGAUGCUCGUAGCAGAACCAAUGGCGUGGUCGUACACGAGAUGGAAUCCGGACAAGAAACUCCAGGAGCCCAGAGAGGGCAACCCGCUCUCUCAUCAGGAUGCAAAGGAGGCAGUUCAACUGCUGAUGCGAGAGGCCGUCAAGCCCAACGUCAUCCAGCGCUUCCAUGCUCUAGGCGGAGUCAAGGAGGACAGGCCAGGAGCCACGACGUUCGUGCUGACAGUCUCCUGGACGCCGAUGCACGGCCCAACAUCAACAAGGCACUCCAUGCUCUCACGGAGACAGCGGCCACCGCGCUCAUAGGAGCCAGGAUCCGCCCGGAAAGAAGCCACAAGCCACUUCCAGAGGACCUACAGCGGGCCAUCGACGCGACGAGAAGGCAAUGA